UAUUGUACGGCGUUGGUUUUCUUUUACCAUUUCAGAAUGGCGUCCAACGUAGAUUCUCAGUAUACUGGUUACGGAACCCCGCAGCAGGCCCAACAAGGGUACAGCUAUGGGAGUGCUCAAGGUUACCAGCAACCACAACAGCAGCCUGCUGCAGGGGCAGCACCACCUGCCCAGCAGGCCGCAGGUUAUGGCCAGACACCGCCAGCCGCAUACAACCAGGCACAGACCACAUAUGGCACUCAGCCUACAGCCGCUUAUGACUACAAUGCCCAAGCACAGACUGCCUACGCCCAACCAGGGGCUACCAGCUAUGCCCAAGCCCAGCCAAGUUCAUACACUACUCCAGCCUCGACCUAUGGACAAGCACAGCAAAGCUAUGCACAGCCUGGUAGAACUGGUCAAGCAGGCUACACCAGUCAGAGCACUACUGGUGGUACUGCAGUGCCAGCAGCGACCGGCUACAGUCAGACUGCCACACCAGGCAGUUACACCCAGGGUAGCACUCCACAGGGAUACAGUCAAACCAGCGCUAGCUCCUACUCAAGCUCAGCUGCUAGCCAACCGUACUCCCAGAGCACUCAGCCAGCACAGAGCAGCACUUACAGUCACCAAGGCAGCCAGGGGUCCUAUAGCGCACCAGAAGUGCCCAAGCAGGGUGGAGUUGGUAGUAGUAGCAGUAGUGGAAGCAGUGGUGGCUAUGGUGGACACUCCGGAGGUGGUUCAACAGGCUAUGGUGGAUCCCAAGGAGGGCCUCCACAGAGUGGUGCUCUAGGAGGUAGUGGAGGGGGUUAUGGUGGAGAUUCCAGUGGUGGAUACCGUGGUGGACGUGGUGGAAGCUCCAGCAGUGGAGGUGGUAGUAGCGGCGGAUACGGUGGUGACCGAAACAGCGGAGGAGGUGGACGAGGUGGUGGGGGCUUCAAUAAGUUUGGUGAUUCUUGCGAGCAAGAGCCGAGUGCUGCUAAGCAACAAUUCGAUACUGGCCGUGGUGGAAGCACUGGUGGCGACAGUGGUGGGAGUGGAGGCAGCAGCAUGGGCAGCAGUGGGGGAAGCUCCUUUGGAAGUGGAGAGCCAAAGAAGGAUCUGUCUGUAGACACCAUCUUUGUCAGCGGCCUUGGAGAGGUAUCUGAAGAUCAAUUAGUGGACUACUUCAGCAAGAUUGGUAUUGUUAAGCUUGACAAGAGGACCGGCAAGCACAAGAUCUUCAUCUACAAGAACAAGCAGACCAACCAGCAGACUGGAGAGGCCACAGUCACCUAUGAUGACCCACCCUCUGCUAAAGCUGCCAUUGAUUGGUUCAAUGGGAAAGAUUUCUUUGGCCACACCAUCAAGGUUGAGUUUGCGACAGUAAGAUCCAACUUUGGGAUGAACUUCCGGGGACGUGGAGGCCCUGGUGGUGGAGGUGGAAUGGGCGGCGGCGGCGGAUUCCGAGGUCGCGGUGGUGGACGUGAUAGUGAUGGAGGUGGAUUCCGUGGAGGUCGUGGUGGUGACAGGGGUGGUGGUGGAAGUAUGGGUGGUGGUGGUGGCGGCGGUGCCAGGCAAGGGGAUUGGAUUUGCACAGAUAAUGGCUGUAGCAAUCACAACUUUGCCCGUCGUGACAAGUGCAACAUGUGUGGAAGCCCACGGCCAGCUGAUGGAGGUAUGCCUGCCCCAGGUGGUGGUGGAGGUGGAUUCGGAGACCGUGGAGGUAGAGGAGGCGGUGGUGGCUUCCGUGGACGUGGUGGCAUGGAUCGCGGACGUGGAGGCGGCGGUAUGGACCGUGGGCGCGGUGGUGGUGGCUUUGCACCCAGAGGACGCGGUGGAGACAGGGGAGGUGGCCGAGGGGGCUUCAACCCACGUGGACGGGGUGGUCCACCAGAUGGCCGUAGGGACAGAUUCCGUCCAUACUAAGGUAGUCAGUGACCAAACUCCUCUGUGUACAAAGUCUCUUAAUCAUGUGCCACUAGGUUUCUUUCUUGCACUUUAAAGUAACAGAGUGUAGAUUAGUUAACACUGUCUCUGGAAUCCUAAAGAGUUUUGUAAAUAAAAUGCUCCAGUGCAGUAAACAAACUUUACAUCUCUUUUAAAGCAUUUUAGGUGUAUGUAGGUCAAAGAAUAUUCACUAAAACAACGAGACUGAAAAACAAGGCCGCAUCUGUUUAGCGAUUUGACUAGCCACCAUAGCAUACAAAGCAAGUCGGUCACAUAUCAUGUUACAUGUAACGCUAAAGAUAUACUUCUGAAUAACCUGUUAGAAAUCCGCUUUGCAUCAGAGUGGACUCUUUAUUGCGAUGGCAUGGCAUUGUUGUUUAUAAGCAAGGAAAUAAUUCUCGCUCAAAGUCUAUGGUGGCUAGGUGUAAUGGACUGCAUCUGAGUUUAGUUACUUUUUGAUAAUACUAUUUGAUGGAGACGUGCCCUAGUCCACCACCCUUUAUUGCCUACUUGAACGGUUUACAUUCUGUGUUGUGCACAGUUGUGUACUAGUAUGCUUGUGUUAGAAGCAACUUUUGUUUCAAACACAAGGCUCUUUGUUUUUAAUGUUUAAGUUUAAUUUUAAGUCGUCGUUAAAAUCUUCCAUCCAUAAUGGGGAACAUCAUUGUCUUGGGCCUUGAUUUUGAAAGGGUAAACUAAGCUGGAAGUUAUCAUGUCAAAACAAUAUGUAAGCAUGUUUUCCAAAACCCACCAGUUCUUUUGAUCCAAUUAAGGUGAUGCAUCACAACAGUAAUUUUGGUUGCACUAUUUUGGGAGUCAAUGUCUAUGUGUGUUAUACAGAAGGGUAGUGUGACUUUAUAUGGUGAUGCUGUCUGAAGUACAUAGAAGAGGUCAAUAGAAAAUGUGUGGAUACAUGGUAAGGUCGACAGGAAGAAACAUAAUUUUUUAUGAGAUGUAAAUGUUUCUCUUGGGGUGUGUGCGGAAGGGGCGGGUUUAACGCAAAGCAUUUCCCUGGAAAUAGUAUUUGAAGACAGGUUUCAGUGAAUUGUUGUUUAAGUGAUUUUAGAUGUUACUAUCAAACUGUUUUAAUAAAUUGUCCUGUGUCGGAAUACUACA